AUGGAUAUACAAAGAUUCAAGAGACUCAGUAUUCCUAAAAUUGAAGAAGGAAAAAUGACUGAAGUUGUUAGGGAUGUUAUAAAAGAAGUUCGAACUAAUAAGCAGAAUGUUUACGAAAAGACGUCUGAAGACUUGAAACCUCUAACAGAAAAGUUUGAUAAGGAAAUUGACGAAAUCAGUAAAUUGAGAGAAGAUGUUAAUAAACAAGUUAUCCCCUAUGAUGAACAAGUUCAAAGAUUAGCAUUACCAGGCCCAAGUGGUGAGGUGGUACCCAAAAUGAUAGAUGAUAUGAAUAAAGGAUUUACUCAAGAAGAAUUGGCAUUCAUACAAAACCAGCAAUUGCCAUUACCAGCUGACAUCUUUUUGCAAACCUUAAAAGAGCCAAAUUAUGCGAAACAAAUUUUAGAUAAAUCUGGUAAAAUAAAUAAGGACUUGGGCCAGAAAAAAGCCAGUUUAAACACAACAAAAGCUAACAGAAAGAAAAAUAAGGAUGAAAUUGCUGAGUAUACUGAAGAAAUUGAUAUCAUAAGAAAAUACAGACAAAGAAUUGGUAUUGUAGAGGAAGGUGCAAAAACAUUGAAAGUUGGUAAGGAUAUUUAUACACAAAAAAAGAGAAAUGCUUAUAAGAUUAACCCUAAUACUGGUGUUUAUGGAAAUGUAAGAAUUGACGUACCCAAACUUUAUGGCCAGCUUAAACUAAUUGCUCAUAAGGAUGGUAAAAAAGUAUAUGAUAAACAAGUGGACUUUGAUACACUUGAUCUGCUCACUAAGAGGUUCAAUAGUAAAAAGAAGUAUUCACCACUAUCAAAAAUGGUAGUUGAUGACCUGAAUAGAAUAAGUGAUAUUCCAAUUCACCGAGUAAUAAAUACAAAAAAAUCGGUUCAGGAGUUGUUUAUUAUAACAACCCAGCUGAUCUAUUGGACAGAUUGGAAUUAUUAGGUGGAUCAAUACUUGCUGGAAAUAAUGGUGUGGAAAAUGAAUUUUUCCAAAAUUGCUCACACACUGAACAAAUUAGGUGUUCUAAAUAACAACCAGCUGAAUAGUCUGAUAAAACAGUAUAUAAUGUAAUCUAAUAAUAUAAAUGCAAGAAAGAGCAAUCCAUAUUUCAUCUGUUAAUAGACAGAGAGAAUCGGACAGAAUAAAGCAGAAGAUUUCAUAAUCAAAUUUGAUCCAGUCUUAAACUCCAAAGUAAUAUGACACAUGAAAUAGCCUUGGAUAAGGCCACAAUGACUUACAGUUGGCACAAUAUCUCAGAUCAGUAUAAAAAUAACCAAAUAAAAUACUCACCUGAUGGUGGAACAUCAUGGGAAACAGUCAAAUAUGUGGAUGGAAUGUACACUUACUCAGAUCUAAAUGACUAUCUCCAUCAGUACAUGAAAAAGAAGGGCCAUAAAACUACUGAUGCAAAAAAGGAUGAUGUAUACUACAUUAACCUAACAUUUGUAUUAUCGACAUACAAGAUUCUCAUUAAGAUCGACAACAAUUACCAACUCGAUCUGAGACAUAGUAAAUUUGGCGAGUUAAUUGGAUUUACAGAGAAAAUUGUGAAGAAAACAGAACCUGGAGAUAAUCUACCCAAUAUCACAAAUUCCAUAGACAUGAUCCAUAUCAAUACCGAUGCUAUUACGAAUAGCAUAUUGAAUGGUGUUAAUACUAAUACGUUAGCUGUUAUUCCAACUGACAAUUUGACAAGAAGUUUCCCAUUCACAUUUGAUCCCAGAAGACUAUUGUUUAAUGAAGUUUCCCAACUUAAUAUUUCACAAAUGAGGUUUUAUAUCACAGACUCAUUCGGGCGACCAAUUGGACUAAAUAAGAUUGACUGGUUUAUGACAUUGAUAUUGCGAUCCAAACCAGCAUAAUAUGUAACCUAAUAAUAUACAAUGAGACAAUCAGAAUUCAAGAAACGUUAUGAUGUUAAAACGGGGAGAUAUGUUAAGAAGCAUAUUUAUGGAGAAGGUGUUACCGAUGUUUUCAAAACAAUUGGUAGAAAGCUAUUUGGAAAGACGAUGAAAGAGGCUGCUAAAACAGCAACAAAAAAGGCCGUUCAAAAAGCUGCUACCAAAACUGGUGAAUAUGCGGGCGAAAAAGCCGGUGAUAAAAUUAUUCAAUUAUUAAGCAAAAAGAAUAAAAAGACACCAGUAGCAGCAUUACCAGUAGCGACAUCGCCAAUAGAAAAUCCACAAUCAAGAGAACUCACCGAUUACGAAAUUAAUGAGAGGGUGAAUCAAUUACUAUCUGGAGGCCAGAUGAGAAGAUUUAUGUAAUCUAUUAAUAUAAUGGAAUCUUUUAGAGAUCCAAAGUAUGUUGAACGAUAUGAAGAUGUUAUUUUUGACCUAGAAACAGCACUAAAUACAACUGUGGCCAUUAAUGCUCAUCAGAAGAAAGAUGGCUAUAGGUUUGUUGUUGAUAACAGUGGUGAGGUUACACCAUUCGACUGGUAUAAUGCCCGAAUCAGUGUCAAUUUCAAAGUAGUCUUGCUGGAUAAUGGAGGCAAUAUUGCAGUAGCAGAUCAUAAUGGUACUGUAAACGGGUCAUACUCACUAUUGAAACAUUUUGACAUUAAACUAAACGGUAAGAAAGUGUAUGAUUGUAAUGACGCGAAUCACGCGGUAAAUAUUAAGAAUUUGCUUGAGUACAGUCCCGCUUACGCCGCACAAACCGCCAGCAAUGAGUUUUUCUAUCUUGAUACAACAAGACACCCAGAGGAAACAAAAUUCACUAAAAGACGAGUAACUCGUAGAAGAAAUGCUGCCAAUAACGCCGAUGAUGCAGGAUUAAUGUUGGAUGAUGUAGUAGCUAAUUAUAAUAAAGGUUUUGCCCUUCGAAAAGGACUCUUAGGUGUCUCAUCUAAAGUAAAUACAGAAAUACCACUGAACAGAUACUCAUUCUUUGAAAUGUUAGAAGAUGAGCUGUUACCUAAUACAAGAGUUGAGAUGAAUUUUGAGAUUGAGUCAGAUGGUAAUCUAAAUUGGCAAGCCGGGGCUAAUUGCAGAGUGGUUAUCACUAGGAUGCAAUUGUAUGUACCACGGAUAACCUUCAAUAGUGAGGGCCAAUCAUCCUAUAUGAGCCAAUACCUUAAAAAUCAUAAGUGGACUUAUUUGAGAGAAAAUAUUGAAAGAUCAAAUAGUAGCCAGCAGAGAGCUGGGCAUUCAGAAUCUCUUCUGGUAUUUCGAAACCCCGACACGUGUUUGUGUUUAUAA